AUGCUCACUAUAAUUUUAGAUACACAAACAUGGCUGAGGUACCGCAACCUAGAACAGAAAGGUAUGACGUGGAGGGGGCGUAGCAGAAGAGGCAGUCGCAGUCGAGGGAGGAGUCUUAAAAUAGUGGGAGGUGAAAGCAGUAGCAGAGGUGUAAGUGGAAGUCGAGGAAGGAGUGGAAGCCGUGGCAGAGGCAGGAGUCGUGGUAGAGGCAGUGGACAAGGUAGAGGAAAAGGAAAGGAGGCUAGUGCAUCUGUGUCAGAUAAGAAGCGUGUGGAGGAAAGACGAAAUGAAAAGAAAGAGGCGAUGAAGGAUAUAGUUAAAGAAAUGGACCCUGAAAAGCUGAGAGAUCUGGUUUUGAAGCUGAUUGACAGAGAACCAGCUCUGGUUUUUGACCUGUGUGAGGGCAUUGGUGAUAAUGGUGAUCCUCCUGCUCCUGCAGUGCCAUCUAAUACACCUUCCUGGUGUAAAUGUGGUAACUGCAGAGAGAUGCCAACAGAGCUGGACAGGAAGUGCUGUGGAUGUUUGCCAAGAAACUGUAUUUCUACCAGAGAGCAAAUAGAAACCUUGGUUCUCAAUCCAGAAGUAUUAGCAUUGGGCCAACGCUACCAUAGGGAGAUGCUGGGACGCUAUAAUCAAACCAUUGAAAAUUAUCAAAAGUCAAUGAGGCAUGUUGCUUAUAGAAACUUAAUCUUGUGGCGACAUGGACGAUUGGGUGCUGGCGUGAGAAGGGUAACCCCUAGCUGUUGUGUCUGGACCAUAAGGGACAGAUACCCAAGUCAACUAAACCAGUACACUGGGUUUAUACCAGACAGAUUUAUUUGA